AUGGCGCGAAGUCCUGUUCUUGCCGCAAUGUUUUCGCAUGAAAUGAUUGAGAAGAAAGAAAGUAAAAUAUCAAUACCAGACAUUACUCCAAGGAUAUUCGAAAAAGUCCUUGAGUACAUUUACACCGAUAAAGUAAUUGGUUUGGAUGAAAUUAAUGUUGAGUUAUUGAAAGCUGCGGACAAAUAUCAGCUACAGUCACUUAAAAAUAUUUGUCAAGAAUCGCUUUGUGGAGGCUUGAAUUUUGAAAACGCAUUUGAUAUAAUGAUUUUAGCUGAUUCGUAUAACGCCACUUAUCUGUUAGAAUUUACGGCUAAUUUGUUGGUUUUAAAUAUGAAAAAUGUUAUUGACACCCAGGAUUUUAAACAAUUGGAGAAAUCACACCCUUCUUUGGCAUUGAAACUGGUGAAAAAAUAUUCAUUUCCCAACAUUGAAGAGAGAGCUAGUAUUCCUGAUCCAACUGCAAAAUAG